AUGGAAGAUGACGACGACGUACCGGCACUCUCUGCGGAAACUUUCGCAGCUCUCCAAGAAUUUUAUGCCGAGCAACAAAAACGGCAAGAGAUUUUAGAAAAGUUGGAGUCUCAGAAACAAUUAAAUGAAAAUAUUUUAUUUGAUGAAAAUUGGCAAUUAAGUCAGUUUUGGUAUAAUGAGUCUACAGUACAGGCACUCGUCAAAAUAAUUGAUAAAGUUGUACCCGAUGGAGGCAAAGUAGCUCUUAUAUCUUGUCCCACACUCUUUGUGCCUGCAAAGAGACAUGUUGGAAGCAGAAUUGAUGUUCUACUUCUUGAACAUGACAGAAGAUUUGAGGUCCACGGUACUGAUUACAUGUUUUAUGACUUUAAUUUCCCUGAAAAGUUGCCUGCAGAUUUAAACCAUAGUUUCGAUCUGGUUGUUGCCGACCCACCUUACCUGUCUGAGGAAUGUAUAACAAAAACUUCCCAAACUAUAAAACUGCUAGCUAAAGAGAAGAUAGUUGUCUGUACGGGGGCUAUUAUGAAGGAUCAUGUUGAGAAACUGUUGAACCUAAAACAAUGUGCAUUCCAGCCAAAACAUAGGAACAACCUCGCUAAUGAGUUCUCAUGUUAUUCUAACUUUGACCUCGAUGAUAUCCUAAGAUAA